AUAAAGCAGGAAGUGAGUAGUACACCCUAAAGUGAUUAUGGCAGAUAACUACAGGGACUAUAAUCUGACAGCAGACCAACAGGCUAUUAAAGCCAAGUACCCACCCCUCACUAAGAAAUAUGAGUAUCUUGAUCACACCGCUGACGUGCAGUUACAUGCCUGGGGAGAUACUUUGGAAGAGACAUUUGAGCAAUGUGCUAUGGCUAUGUUUGGCUACAUGACGGAUACAGAGACCGUUGAACCCUUGGAUACUAUCGAAGUGGAGGCAGAAGGACAUGACCUGCUCUCUCUUCUCUAUAAUUUCUUGAAUGAGUGGCUGUAUAAAUUCAGUGCUGACCAGUUCUUCGUACCCAGGGAGGUGAAAGUGCUUUACAUUGACCGAAUGAGGUACAAAAUAAGGUCCAUUGGGUGGGGGGAAGAGUUCUCUUUAUCCAAACAUCCUCAGGGUACUGAGGUCAAGGCAAUAACUUAUUCAGCAAUGCAGAUCCAUGAAGAAGAGACUCCAGAAGUGUUUGUCAUCAUUGACAUAUGAAACGAGAAGAGAACUGCUGAAAGGAGUGAAUACUUGUCAUUGCUGGCAAAGAUCCCACACAGACUGUCAUCUGUCUGGAAAUAAUGGAAAAAUUGGCUAUAAAUGUAUUCUAAUACUUGGAGCCAAUAAGAUGCUCCAUCAGCUGGGAGGAGGAAUCACAGGGAACAGCCAUCCAUGAUUUUACUCUGAGGAUGGUGAACCAGGCUGGGAACUGCAACUCUAGAAAGGAGAGCUAGGUUUCCUCUGGUGAGAAGAAAGGGAUUUAUAGGGAGUCUCAGUAGCACUGGAUACUUUAUAUCGUGUUGGGUGUGUGUUUGUUUGGUUUUUUUUAUUUUAUUUUAUUUUUUUUAAAGGCCAGCAUUGGUACUGGGUUCCUUUUUAAUGUAGGUGGGGGAAAUCAAAAGGGGGUAAUUAUUAAUUUUUUGUUAGCCAACAAUAUAUUUUAUUGAGAUAGCAGGAGGGUGAGAAGACUACAUUGUAAUAGAGCUGCACACUUUUGCCUUCUUUUAGAGAAACUACCUCUCCUUUGUUUUACGCUACUAUGAUACAGAUUUUAAUUUGCUCAUUCCAAAGUGGCAUCUCUAUUUCACUUUAUUUAAAGCCUCUGAGGGUGUCUACACAGCAAAGUAAAACCCAUGGCUGGGCCAUGCCAGCAGACUCAGGCUCUGGGUGCGGAGCUGUUUCACUGCCGUGUAGACUUUCAGACUGACGCCCAGGCUCUGGGACCCUCCUACCUCACAAGGUCCCAGAGCUUGAGCCCCAGCUGAACCCUGGAAGUCUACACAGCAGUGAAACAGCCCCAUGACCCUGAGUUGGCUGGCACAGGCCAGCCACAGUGGCUAGUUGGGGUGUAGACCUACCCUACUCUGCUGCUAGUCUGGUCUAAUUAAUAAAUUUUAACAUGGUAAAUCCUUUUCAACAUGUCUGUGUUAAAAUGACAAGAUGCCACUAGGUGGUGCUGGAUCUCUGUAGCGUACUGGUGAAAUGAAGCGUGUCUCUAUGUGAGGGUGUAGUAUAGUACUAAUGUUUCCUCCUGCCCUUCCCACAAAUAGAGGCUGCAUUCAGCAUUUCUGGUGUAGAAGGGAGCCUACCAGGAUCUGCAUGUCCCAGAAUAAUUAGAUAUUGGAAUAUGAAGGGCACGUCUCUCCUGUUCCAGUGAUGGCAGUCAAUAAACUGGCUGCUGCUUCUUUCGUAAGACAAGACCAUAGAAACAGUACAGAACAUUCCUCCACCAUCGGACAAUGCAUUGUAAUGCAGGAGGCAAACUCUGACUGAACACUUUUCCUGCAGAGAAGUGUGUGUAAACUUCACCUUUCUUCAUUGUGCUACGCAGUUCUGAGUCCUUGCAUGUAAACAGUGCAGAAGGUUCAUUUGCCUUUCUUUAAAUGGGAAGAUAUAUUUUGGGUUGGCCUUUACCAGCAAGGGAUGGUUGUGGGUAUGAUAGUGGGGAGGAGAAAAAAAAUAAUUACAGCACAUGGAGUUUUUUGGAGGGCAGGCCUGAGUAAACUAUAUUUGCAGCAACUCUGCCAGAGCUGUGUGAAAGGAGCUUUAGGGCAAACUAGAAUUGGGACCUAUAUCUUUCACAGUAGUGUACAAGUCAACUAUGCAAGUGAUAGUCCUUUGCUGUUUGAAUAUUACUGCAUAUAGGGAUGCAUGCAGGACAAUUACCAUCUUUUCAAAAUGACAGCUUAUGAGCUGUCCUUUAUCAGCAUAGGGACUGGGAUCUUUGAAAAGAGAAGGAGCAAAUCACAGACAGGUAUCAAUAACAUCUCUUCUGCAGCUGUCUCUAAGUUUGGCUCAGUAUAGCAUGUUCAGAACUAGAGUGACCAGACAGCAAGUGUGAAAAAUUGGGAUGGGGGUUGGUGGUAAUAGUUGCCUAUAUAAGCCAAAGCCCCAGCUAUCAGGACUGUCCCUAUAAAAUUGGGACAUUGUCACCCUAAUGAACCCCACUGCCCACUACCUCAAAAAGGAAGUAUCUAUCAUACCAUAACUAGGAAAGUUUAAUAUUGUGUUCAGUAUCCUUCCCUUGUUCCACUGUAUUUUGAGAAAACAAUUACAAAGAAAGGGCUACCCACUUCAAGCACCUUUUCUUUUAAAAUGUUUUACUUAAGACUGACUUAAAGGGAGGAAUGGGUUUUUUUACAAUCAUGUUACUGUGCAUGUGUCCAUUUUAAAAAUCUCUCUCAUUUAGUUUAUGUAUAGUGCAAAAUAAAGUUGACCUAAUUG